AGCGUGGAUUGGUCACUCUCUGCACGUUCCUCUGCCCCCUCUUUCCCGCAAAUCAAUUAUAACAAUAUAAUCUCUUCUUCUUCAUUCCCCCCCUUCUCUCUCUCUCUCUCUCUCUUCUCAUCUCUUUCUCUCUAAAACCAGAGGUGAGACUGAGAGGUGACAGUGAUAAAGAGAAGGUCGACCAGCUCGGAUAGUUGCUCUUUACUUUAUCUGCCAUUGGAAAUGGAUCACGUGUACGGAUCACUGCCAACCCACCAGCAAGACUGUUUCGGCAUUGACGACCUUCUUGACUUCUCCAACAACGAGGACAACCAGUUCCUCUCUUCCUCCUCCAACUCCGACGUUCCUCACCACCACCAUUAUCUUCCACCUCUUCUUCCUCAGACCUCUGCUUCAGCUCAUUUUCUUAACACACCUGAUUUCACCAGCGACCUCUGCGUCCCUAGUGAUGACGUAGCGGAACUGGAAUGGUUAUCGAGAUUCGUGGACGAUUCGUUUUACGAUUUACCCACCGGAGAGAUCCCCGGAGCUCUAACGUACCCUAACGACGCGUCGUUUUCCGGACGAGCUAGAAGCAAGCGAUCGAGAGUUCCGAUCACCGGCGCCAACACUAGCUGGGGAUCUAUAUCUACUCCACCCCCGGAGCUUGAAUCAUCCUCAUCGAUCGCUGCGAAAACCAAAUCGAAGAGAGAAGCUUCGCCGUCGAACGUUAACGCUGCUUCGUCGGCAUCGGGAGGAGCGCGUAGGUGCACGCACUGCGCAUCGGAGAAGACACCACAAUGGAGGACCGGUCCAAUGGGACCUAAAACGCUUUGUAACGCUUGUGGUGUCAGGUACAAGUCGGGUCGACUCGUUCCCGAAUACAGACCCGCAGCGAGCCCGACAUUUGUCCUGACCCAGCACUCAAACUCGCACCGUAAAGUUAUGGAGCUCCGUCGCCAGAAAGAGAUGACACGGCAACCACCGCUGCCGCAACAACAGGCUGAGCAGGAGCAGCACCACCCGCAACAGCGAGGGCAAUUCUACUCUCACCACCAUGGGUUUCAAGUUUGCUGACUAAUGGGACACGUGUCGACCAGUGCAUUACAAGUAGUUUUACUACUACUUCUUCUACUAGUACUACUGUUACUACUACCUUCUUUUGCAUCCAAGGUCUCAUGAGACUGAUUUUCCUAUAUGUUAUAUUAAAUUUUCCCGAGAAAAGAGAAGAAAAUUUGAUUGAA